UCACCUCAUCCUCAACCCAAACCUUCGAGGAACAAGAGGCCCCCUGGCACGAAACCCUAGGCCUCAGAUUUGACCCGCACCGAUACGGACAGAGGAGAGAGAAAUCGAAGCCGUCUUCCUCCGCUCCGGCAUCUCGCCUCUUCCCAUCGCCGCCACCGCCGGCGGUCGCAGACUCGCAGCUCUCGCAAAGAUUGACGGGCGAGGAAGCGAGGAGGCGUAUCUUGGGUGGGUGCGGGGAUGGCUUCCGGGCAGCCGCAGUUCAGGUACACGCAGCCGCCGUCGAAGGUGAUCCACCUGAGGAACCUGCCGUGGGACUGCACGGAGGAGGAGCUGGUCGAGCUCGGGAGCCCCUUCGGCAAGGUCGUCAACACGAAAUGCAACGUCGGCGCCAACCGGAACCAGGCCUUCGUCGAAUUCGCUGACCAAAAUCAGGCAAUUGCUAUGAUAUCAUAUUUUGCAUCAUCAGCUGAGCCUGCACAGGUAAGAGGGAAAAAUGUGUACCUUCAGUACUCCAAUAGACAAGAGAUUGUCAACAGCAAGAGUUCAGGGGAAGCUGCAGGCAAUGUUUUGCUAGUGUCGAUGGAAGGUGUUCUGCCAGAUGCUGUGAGCAUCGAUGUUCUACACCUGCAGGCCAUUGUCACGGAGUUUCAUGGCAUCCUGGCAGGCUACUGCAUCCGGAACACAUGUAUUUUCUGCUUUUGGCUUUGUUCAAAAGAUUGCCACCUUUGAGAAGGCAUCUGGUUAUCAGGCAUUGAUACAGUUCUGUGAUACUGAAACUGCAUCAUCUGCCAAAGCUGCUCUGGAUGGUAGAUGCAUUCCUAGCUAUUUGCUUCCAGAACUUGAUGUGCCUUGCACUUUGAGAAUAAAUUAUUCAGCACAUACUGUUCUAAAUGUCAAGUUUCAAAGUCACAGGAGUAGAGACUACACUAAUCCGUACCUUCCGGUUGCUCCUUCUGCUAUAGAUGGAUCUGGACCGGAUGGGAAGAAGCAGGAAGCAGAGAGCAACGUUCUGCUUGCAUCUGUUGAGAACAUGCAGUAUGUUGUUACAAUAGAUGUGCUUCACGAGGUCUUUUCUGCUUUUGGUUUUGUGCAAAAGAUUGCUAUCUUUGAGAAGAACUCUGGCUUCCAGGCAUUAAUCCAGUAUCCAGAUAUUCAAACCGCAGUUGCAGCAAAAGAAGCAUUAGAAGGGCACAGCAUCUAUGAAGGUGGAUAUUGCAAGCUUCAUCUCACAUUUUCGCGCCAUACCGAUCUUAAUGUUAAGGUUAACAAUGAGCGUGGUAGAGAUUACACUGGAGGGAACACUGCACCGACCAGCAAUCAACCUUCCAUUCUUGGUCCUCAACCAGUAUAUUCCGGUGCUUACAACAACGCUCCUUCGUCAGCGACUGGUGCAGUAGUGCCACCAGGGACUACUCUCACUCCACCUGGAGCACCAUCUCAUCCUUACACAUCCAGCGAGCCGCUUCCGCAAACUCCUGCCGUUCCCUCUGGUGGAGCUCCGCUGUACACUAGCCAGGGAAUUCUUCAAGGCCCCCCUGGUGUUCCUCCUGCACAAUUUCCAGGCUAUGGAUCUCCACAGUUUCCCCCAGGCUCAGCUCAAGCUCAAAUGCAUCAACAACAUCCAGUCCAGGGAAGCCAGCAGAUGCCUGGCCAAAUGAACCAUCAACCACCUCCAGGAUCGUUCAUGCAGUACCCUGGCGACGGAGGCCGUCCAGUUCAAGACGCACCUGGGCAACAAGCAAUGCCGUUCCAUGGCCAUGGAGGAGGGCAGCAUCUACCUCCAGGCUAUGGAGGCCAGCCGCAGUUUCAGCAAGGUCCAAGGCCACCUAUGCCGCCGCAGCAGUUUCCGAUGUACGGCGACCAGCAGUUUCCUCCUGGUACGGGGCCCCAGAUGAUGAUGCCCUUUGCUGGGCAGGGAGGAGGCCAGCAGCACCCGUUUCGCCCUUAUAACAGCCAUUAGCUGCUCUGUUGAUUCAGUCUUACGUUACAUGUCAUAUACGAUGCAUGUACUUUUGCCUCUCUGCCGCCAUUUUGUUGUGAGGUAUGGCACAGUAGUUGAUGCUGUGGAAUCGUUUGGUGGAGAGAUGUGGUAGAAACUACUAGUUUAACAAUCCAGAAUUUCUCUGAUUAAUGAUGAGUUGCUGAGCACUGUCAUCUUUCUUCGAA